AUGUCCGCGGAUCGUAAACCCACGGAUUCCGUGCUGACACGUGUGAAGUUCCCGCUGUAUGCCAUCGAAAUGCUUACCAGCCGACACGUCCUGGUAGCUGGCGGUGGUGGAGCCUCGAAAACUGGAGUAGCAAAUGGAUUUGAGAUUUAUGAAAUCUACCAUGACGGCGAAAAGUACAUCGCGAACGAGGUAAUAAGGCACGAAACUGGCCCAACGGUGGUGAUGAACUGUGCAAUCAAGAACGAUGAAAAACGGACACUACUGAUGGCCGGUCAGGAGAGCCACUGCCAAAUGUAUCUUGUGAAUACUGUGAUCGAUUCCGGAGAAUAUCAGCCCGCAACGGUUCCUCCGAAUAAGUCUGAAUCCGAUGGUUUGCGUAAGCGAAGAAGCGUAUCCCAGCAACGAUCGUUUACUUCAACCGCACCGCCUUUACCGUCGACAAAUCCUGAUGCGGGACCAAAGAAAUCUGACGGUGAUCAACCGAGCCCAACGAACCGGAGACAAAUCCGUUUCGAGAUCAAAACGGCUGACUCGGUGCAGACGGACUUCACCGAGGCGGAACCACUGCAACGGGUUGUGCGGAUCAGCCCGAACGGGCGAUUGAUGGCCACGGGUGGCAUGGAUGGACAUUUGCGCGUAUGGAACUUUCCCAAGAUGACGAUCACCUCGGACAUUGCGGCGCACACAAAGGAGAUCGACGAUCUGGACUUCAGUCCGGACAGCAAACACAUCGUGUCGAUCGCGAAGGACGGCCUUGGCGUCAUCUGGUCGAUCAAUCCGGACAAGGAGUCGAAGAAGCUGAGUUGGAACUCACCGGCCAACUGUCGCUACUUGCUGAAACGUUGCCGGUACGGUCUGGUCGAGGGGCAGAAGGACAAAUUUCGGCUAUUCACGCUUGCUAAUCCAUUCGCCAAGUCGGGCAAGGCGAAGGGUCUGUUGCAGCAAUGGGACCCGGAAGCUGGUCGGCUGAUGAGCGUGGUUGAGAUCGACGAGUCGCUAGCUGCGCUGGCGGUGCGAGACGACGGCCGUUUUGUGGCGAUCGGUACCAUGUUUAGCGGUUCGGUAUCGAUCUACAUCGCUUUCAGCAUGCAGCGAGUACUACACGUUCCGAAUGCGCACGCUAUGUUCGUGACAGGUUUGGAGUUCUUGCCAGUUACCAACUUUGACGGUCCGUCGAUAACCAGCAACACCGAGGCUGCCGUGUUGUCUAUCUCUGUCGACAAUCGGAUCUGUGUUCACAGCUUACCCUAUCGACAUUCACUGCCAGCGUGGGUAGCUAUCAUUGCAAUCAUCUGCAUACUGUUCCUCACGUUCUGUUUCUGCUCAUAUGUUGGGUUGUAGCCUUAAAAAUACUUAUGAUAACCCAAAAAAAGUCAGCUGGAAACUAACGGAAACACUUGAAACCGAUCUGAUCAUAGCCAGCAGGAGAGGGAUAAAAAUAGCAUUUUAAGCACCAAUCAGGCAACCUGGAAGGAAGUGCAGGCAAUAGGGGUUUUCAAAAACAACGCACCGAAGCACAUGUCGUAUUAUAGUUUAUGUAGCUGUUUUUUUGUUUGUUUCAAGCUUGUGGUAAAUCUAAUUUAUUUGACACAUAGCAUUGUACAGAGAUAGAAUAUGGAUAAAUAAUAAACAAUGUUACUCACAG